AUGGAUCUCAGCACGACACCCAGAAGGGCCGUGGAAGGCGUCGGCGAUCUACAGAAGACCAGAGUAGCGAAGAGCGUCUUAAGCAUUCGCAGCCUCGUCGGCGACGAGGAGACGGAGAUCCUUGCGCAGGACGACGAAUGCCCGCCAAGUGCGAGAGAUACCAGAGGAAUCCCGCGGGAAGAGAGCCCGGAGCCGAAAGGCGGAGUUUUCGAGGAGAACGAGAGGACAUCACUCGACGUAAACCUGUCGACGCACCAAGAUCAUUCGUCGCGUGGAGGCAGCGAGCAGGCCGUCCCGCAGACGAGUCCUGCGAGCAGCACGAGCAACUCGAGCCAGGUGACUCAGGUGAGCCAGCAGGUGAGCCAGCAGGCGAGCCAGCAGCCUCACCCGCAGCCUCACCAGCAAUCGGCGCCGACGUCAGCGACGACGACGACCACGACACCUCAGUCCACCCAAAUGGGCAUCUCUACCGAGGAGGUAAGGCCCGAGGAAGAGGGCACCCACCCGCGAGCGGCGCCGACCAGCCCCGAGAGUGAGGCGGAGGCCGACGACUUUGCGCCCAAGAGAAAGCAGCGUCGCUACAGAACGACCUUUACUAGCUUUCAGUUGGAGGAGCUUGAAAAGGCCUUCUCCAGGACGCAUUAUCCGGACGUGUUUACGAGGGAGGAGCUCGCCAUGAAGAUCGGCCUGACGGAGGCACGGAUACAGGUCUGGUUCCAGAACCGGCGGGCCAAGUGGCGUAAACAGGAGAAGGUCGGGCCGCAGGCGCACCCCUACACCCCGUACCCACCACCGUCGGCGGUCGUGGCGCCGACCUUGCCGAACCCCUUCGCCCUGGUCAACUUCCACCACAGGAAGCCCUUCGACGCCUUUCGCUAUCCGCCGCUGGGCCACAGCCCGGUCCUCCCCGGCAGUUACGCUCAUCCCUAUCAUCGAGCCCCGCCACCGAUGCUGUCGCCCGGCAUACCUCUGCCGUACAACUCCUUCCAGAAUCUGCUGGCGAACAUAUCGGCGGUGCAGCGGCCGAAGCUGGGGGUGCGCGUCUCUUCGCCCCCGCCCCCGCCCCCGGCCUCCGCGAUCGCUCUGUCGCAUCCCCCGGUGGUGCCACCGCCCCCGCCCCCGCCGACGGCCACCUCGCCGCAGAGCUCGCCCACGGGCAGCGUGGGGCUGCCGGACAUCGACAGACGGACCAACAGCAUCAACACGCUGAGACUCAAGGCCCGCGAGUACGAGAUGCACCUGGAGCUGCUGCGUAAGAACGGCGAUCUCAUAAGUUGAAACGCCGUUGUUCGGACGCGGCGGACAACGAGCGCGAGUCUGUCCUGAAUCGGUUCGCACGGUUGUAGAUUCGGGAUCGGACGUUCUUCCGCGCGGGAACCGCUAGCGGAUCGAGUCAAGUGAGCGAACUCGCCAUGUUCUCAGACGCACUUCGAUCAGCGCUUGUCCAAUGUGACACGGGGUCUCGAUAAAAUACUUUUGUUAGUCGAAUGUUGCACGCGGCGAACACAGCGAGUGCGAUAUUCAGCUAUAUUUCGGCGAUUUAGAUCGUGUACCGUCACAUUGGUCAGAUUGUGAUUCGGGUGUUGUUGCUCUCGGCCCGUUAUCGAUAAUCGCGACGAACUUAGGAAAAUGUGUGAUCGAGUUUCGUGGCAAACAAACUGUACGUAGUGAGUGCUAGCACGUCUGUUAAACGAAGCAGAUUCUUUAGCAUCGAAAGAGGGAAUGUGAAGGGCAUGUGAUAAGUUCCGUUUUCCGUCUUUCAAAAAGUCUAUCGUCCCCACGAUUUUAAUGAUUUUAAUGUUUACUUUCGUGUAGCAAAGAGUAUCUCAAGAACAUCGGUAAUGUACAAUUGAACAAAAUUCUCAAGUAUCGCAAGUUGCGCGUCAGUUUUUUAUCCGCGAAAUAGAAAUUAAAAUUAUUUUGUAUUAGGUUAUACGAAUCGGUUGUUUUCUUAAUAUUCGACGCACAAUGACUCUGAUUUCACGGCGAUCGUAUCAUCUAAUUAAAUAGUUCAAUUCAAUCGGGAUAAUUUGGAAUUUAUAAAAAAAAGUAGAGAGUAUCUUAGACUGUCUUCUUUUUAAAAUUCAGAAACGUAGUUCAUUGAUGAGAGAAACUGAUUGCGAGCUGCAAUUUUGUUUAUCAUUUGUUGUUAUCCACGGCGUUGUUCCAUAACGCGAAGCAAAAAGGAACGCGGAACAACGUGAACGAAUGCAAGGGAGAGCGAAAUUACCGUUACUCGUGUACACCGCAUGUGUACAUAGUAAGUUUACCGUGUUCCAAUAUGCGAGGGGAAUUAAUAGAACUGCGCAAAUCGAGGAAUUUGUCCACGCGAGUAUAUCGCGUGGUACAUCAUUUGAACCUGUUUCGCAUGCAUCGAGAGGUACGUUUCUUAAUUAGUUCGCAUAGUCGAUAACCACGUCAGUUUCUAUUAGACUACUAUCGUACAUGUUAUACGAUAAAUUUAUCGAGGCACAUUAGCAUUUUGAUGCGGAAAGAAAUUUUUCUUCUAUAAGCUACUCGAUCAAUUUAUUGUAGGACACGUGAGAUAUUAGCUUGACGCUGAUCGUCAAACAUGCGUGAAAGACAGAUAUUAAUCCUAGCAGGAUCGAGUUCGGAAUAGUAAAACGGCGGACCCCGUUAAGUUCAUUCUUUCGACACGUGGUGUAAAUAAAUGUAAUAAGUAUUAAAUCAGCAAUAAACGAAUAUAUGAAUACAA